UUGGCGCUUCAUUAUUAUUUCAGUCCCGGACUGCACAACCUCAUAGUGUUCUACAAAUCUAGUCCAAUCGGAUGGCAAGUGGCCGAAGACGAAGAUGGAACCACUGUUGGCUACUACAUUUAUAACCAACUUCCGGUCGAAGGUAUUAGAUUUGGCUACCAACUGUUGGUCAGCCGGAAGCACACCGGCAAAGGUAUUACGAACAUGUUUAACAUGCCAAAGAAGGAUGGCGUCCCGGUGAUCGCAAACGUUACACCUGACACGAUUCAGAGGUACCUGAUCGACAGCUGGUACGAAAAACUGCUGUGCUACGUUGGCGCUGUCUUUCCAGGAAGGGGCUUUCCUGUCCAUCCGCCUAAGAAUAAGCUAAAUAUUGAGGAGGUAACCGAUGCUCAUCUGGACGCCAUAUAUAGUUAUGACCUUGGAUUGCUUGGUUUUGAUCGCAAACAAUUUCUGCGACUCUGGUUGAACAAGGACGAGUUUGGAAAAUCAGUGUGUGCCGUUAAAGAUGGCAUAAUUCUGGGUUACGGCACUCUAAAGAUUGCGGAAAAGUACACAAUGAUUGCCCCAGUAUACGCUGAUAGUGACGAAGUCGCCUUCGCUAUACUGUAUGAACUGCUGCACGACUACGACAUGAGCUUGACGCUGAGUCUGAUCUUUCCGGCCACAAACGCUUUCAUGUGCCACUUCGUCAAAAACUUAGGGCUACAGUUGUUCACCUCUGAAAUGCGAAUAACAAGAGGAAACUGCGAAGCGGUGGUCAAGAAUCUUCAAAUGAAAAAAGUUUACGCUUUGCACGAAUUUUGGCCAAUUUGA